ACUGCCCAACAGCUCCCAACCCCUCUCCCUCCCCGCAACACCAACAACUCAAUUUGGGCCUUUUUGAUUCCGCCGUCGCACCAGUCGGAAAAAAGUGAAAUGGAGAACGUGAUGGGGCUUCUAAGAAUCAAGGUGCUCAGAGGGAUCAACCUCGCCAUUAGAGAUGUCCGGAGCAGCGACCCUUAUGUCAUCGUCAAGAUGGGCAAGCAGAAACUGAAGACACGAGUGGUGAAGAAAAAUGUGAACCCAGAGUGGAACGAGACCUUGACCCUGUCCGUCAGCGACCCGGCUCUUCCCGUCAAGAUCGAAGUGUUUGAUCGAGACAUGUUCAGGGACGACAGGAUGGGGGAUGCAGAGUUGGACAUCGGGCCGUUCGUCGAAGCUGUGAGAAUGAACCUCCAAGGGGUGUCCAGCGGGACCAUGAUCAGCAAGAUGCAGCCCAGCAGGAAGAACUGCCUGUCCGAGGAAAGCUCGGUCGCGUGGGUCAACGACGAAGUUGUGCAGCACAUCUUCCUGAGGCUGCGAAAUGUGGAGUGCGGAGAAAUCGAGCUCGAGCUUCGCUGGAUUCAUGUCCCUGGUGCCAGGGGCUUGUGGUUGUGAGACUGUAAGAGCUGUUGUUGUAGUUGAUAUAUGUAUUGUUUUGAGUUUUUUUCGGGUUUUGCUUAUCUUGCCCAUUAGUUCUUGCAGCCUGAUUAUCAUAUACCUAUACCUUAAUCGAUUCUUCUUCUUGGUGCUAAUUAAAAUUGUUUUUGAGUGUAUGUUCUGUCUUAGUUGUCGUUGACCAGACGGAUGACUCUUUUCUUUAGCAUAUAUAUGUCGCC